UUCUAUGGAAGAGAACUUCAUAUCCCAUGAUUCCUUCUUCCGCAGCCGAUCAGCCCAUUAUGUGGACUAGGAAGAAACACCUCUGUCUUGGGUCUGCUAGGCAGCUAGCUGCAGGAACCGUGACAAGCGAGUUGUGGAACAAAACGACCAAAUGUAGACUUCUCCGGAAAUGUAAGGUGUGUGUCCCUGCCAUAAGUAGCAGUGAUGGACGGAGAAGCCCAAAGGGCGACUGCGUCAUGGGAGAAUGGGACUCUAGCUCCUGUGGACCGCCUUCGCACUGAGAGGGCGGACAGCCCCACACCAGGUCUGGUGGAAGGAACUGAACCAGGUGCUGGUCAGAAGAGUGCUAUGUUCGUCCACACGCAGUCUUUCGAAGAUCUUACUGCAGAGGCUGAGGAAGAAGCUCGGAGGGAUGUUGACCUGGACAGAACAGAAGUAGAGUGUGCAGAGGAGCUCAAGGUGCUGGUGGGGGAGAAAACCAUAGAGGACAACAUUUCAUCGGAGAGCAGGUCUAAGGAGGAGGAUGUGUCCAGUGAGGCAUGGAGGAGCCACAGAAAACACGUGUUUGUGCUGAGCGAGGCUGGAAAGCCAAUCUACACCCGCUACGGCACAGAGGAGGCUCUGUCCAGCACCAUGGGGGUGAUGAUGGCCCUCGUAUCCUUCGUAGAAGCAGAGAAGAACAUCAUCCGCUCCAUCCAUGCAGAUGGCUGUAAAGUGGUUUUCCUCACCAAGAGCCCUCUGGUCCUGGUGGGUGUGUCUCGGACCUGUCAAUCAGACAAGGAGCUACUGCGGGAGUUGCAGUACAUCUACUACCAGAUUGUCAGCCUGCUUACCCUCACUCAGCUCAACCACAUCUUCCAGCACAAGCAGAACUACGACCUGCGCCGCCUGCUGGCCGGCUCCGAGUAUCUCACCGACAACCUGCUGCAUCGGCUGGACCGAGACCCCGGCCUGCUGCUCAGCGCCGUCACCUGCCUGCCUCUGGCCAGCUCUGCCAGGGAUGUGGUCUCAUCAAGCCUGCAGGCCGCAAAAGCCAAAAACCUGGUGUUCUCCAUCCUCCUGGCGGGGGACCGGCUGGUUACCCUGGUGAGAAAAAAGGAUCAGUUCCUGCACCACAUAGACUUGCAUCUGGUCUUCAACCUCGUCGGCUCCUCCUCGUCCUUCAGAGAGGGUGAAGGAUGGACGCCGAUCUGCCUGCCAAAGUUUAACACUGCAGGAUUUUUUCACGCUCACAUUUCUUACCUGCAGCCUGCGUCCGAGCUCUGCCUCAUCCUGGUCUCAACAGACAGAGAGGACUUUUUUAACAUGUCCGACUGCAAGCAACGGUUUCUGGAGAGGCUGAGUAAGCGCAGUGCCUACCAGGCUCUGAAGGAGGCACUUAAAUGUCCUAGUUAUUCAGUGGAGCAGGUCGGCAUCCCAGAGCUCAGGCACUUCCUGUACAAAUCUAAGAGCUCGGGGCUGUACACUAGUCCAGAGUUUCCUGUGGUGUACCAGUCUGAUGAAGAGCAGGAAAGGCUGAUGGGUUUGUAUCAAGACCUUCACAGCUGCUUGCACCAUCCAACCAGACCUCUCCGUUCCUUCUACCGCUGUAGUGAAACUGAAAACCUGCUGGCGUGGGUGACAAGUGGCUUCGAGCUCUACCUCUGCUUCAGUCCGCUGGGGACCAAGGCCUUGGCGGUCUCUGCUGUCAACAAACUGCUGAAGUGGAUCAGGAAAGAGGAGGAUCGCCUCUUCAUCCUGAGUCCCCUCACAUACUGAGCCCUCGCUUCCGGCUGACCUCCUGGAACAAAAAGUGUCACCCCGAAUGCUGACCGGCCUGGUGCUAACAACUGCAGUGGGAUGAAGUGUCCACAUACUGUUUGAUUGCAUUUCUUGCUUCUGGAUCCCUCUGAUUGAAUUCACUGAUUUGAAGUAGGUAGGUAAACUGAAGCUGUAUUUUAGCUGACUAUUUUUUAAAAAUAUUUUGAUUUGGAUAACACCAACAGGUGGGAGUAGAAUCAGCACCUUCAAUAACAAAAAAACUUUGUCGGACCUGUUAUGCCUCCCAGAAUAAGAAAAAUGCUGUCUGUUUUUUUUUUUUUAAAGCUAUCAACUCUUUAAAAAAAAAAAUCUUAAAAAUCAGAAAUAAAAUUUGAAUUUUAAAAUUUUUCCAAGACUUGCAGUAUAAUGUGUUAUUGUAAGACACACUGUCAGAAGGCAGUUAACACCAUUCCUGUUGUGUUUUCACUUUACAUGAUGACCAAUAACUGUAAGAACCAUUGUCAUUAUAUCUCUAUGCACUUUCUUUAUGCAAAAGGCACUCUAAGAAAUGUGUUCAUGAAUCUGUAACAUGUUUACUGCUGUCAGUAUUUGUGUUAACAUGUGUUGUUAAUGUCAGUGUAAUUUAAAUCUAUCAAUCUCCCGCCGUUCAUUAACAUUUCCCUUAGGUAGUCCUUUUACCAUAAUAUGCAAAUUAAUACCAAGAAAAGUGUUCCGUGAUUUGUUUUUUCUGCUCGUCAUUAAAUGUCAUUGUAUAUCAUGGGCCGAAUCAUGCCUUAACUAACGGUCAUUGUGCAAAGCCAAUAGAAGAUUGUAACAGUGCAGAUUUAUUGUUGCAGCACAAAUCAAAAAAUUAUUAUAUAUAAAUAAAUAAAUGAUUAGUAACAAAACAAACUGCUGUUCAGAUCCUUUGUCAUGCCUCAUUCACACAUUAGCUGGAGUCUGCAUGUGGCUAGUUUGCAUGUAGUUGUAAAAU